AAUUCCUAUUUUUUAACAUUUAACAUGCCUAUUUAUUUAAUGUUUCGUCUCGCUAGUUGCUAACGAAAACCGUAUACUGUAAAAUCGAAGCCACGAGCCGACAGUUUUUCAUAUUUGUAUGGUUUGUAAAUAAUACUUAUUUCUAUUUCUGUAAAAAUAUAAUUGUAUUUUUUUUACCGAUCAUUACAAUACCGAAUGUUUAAUUAUCAUGUCAUCUGGAGAAGCAACAGCUCAAGAAAAAUUACAUACUGUGUAUCCUUAAGUAAAAUUAGUAUAAUAAGUUAAAUUAAGUUGUUCUAAAUAUGUUGUUGUGUAAACUUAAUUGGGGCAUUAUUAGCCGCAUGUACCAUGCAACCACCCCUGUAGCGGCUGCAGCUUCUGCAACGGUGAGCAAUAUCAGACCCGACGCCUUCUAUUCUAUCAAUACAGAAAAUCCGCCACUUGCUAAAAGUUUCUAUGUAGGAAUUUUCAAUACAAAUGUAUUUAAUUUGAAAGUAAAAGCUACUGAAGUUUUAUCCAGUUCAAAUCUUUUUGGUGUAAAAGUACCUAAACAUUUUGGCGGUACGGAACUUUCUGUUACUGAAAUAUCAAAUGCUUUCAAAGCUAUUGGGUUAAAAAAUUAUAAACAUUAUUUGGCUCAUGGAAGUGUAGUACAAUGCAUUACUAAACAUGGAUCUGAUGAACAAAAAACAAAGUUUUUGCCAUUAUUAGCAUCUGGUGAAAAUGUAGCAACGUUUUGUGCUUAUGAGAGUCAACAUGGUUAUGAUGUUGAAAAUACAAGUACCAAAGCAUCAUUUAUUAAUGGCAAAUGGGUUAUAAAUGGAACAAAAAGUUGGGUAGUCAAUGCUAAAAAAUCAGAUGUAUUGUUAGUACUUGCUAAGACUAUGGAUGAAUGUAAUAGACCAGAAAGUAAGAUGGAGUUCUUCAGCGCAUUUCUUGUAAAAAAGUCAUCGAAUGGUGUUAAAAUUAUUGAUAAUGGAAGUUAUUCUGAUGUUAUAUUUGAUAAUGUUCAAGUGGAUUCUAUGUUGGGAUUAGAAAAUGAAGGUUUAUUAUGUCAUUCAAUAUUAUUUACCGCAGAUUUCAUAGAAUCUGCGUCUGCUACUGUUGGAGAGUUGAAGAAAAUAACAAAAUCAUUUUCUGAAGAUUUUAUCACUAAUAACCAGUUAAAAUUACUAAAACUUGGUAAAAUUAACAGUAUUUUAUACUCAAUGGAUUGUGUUUUACAUUUUACUAGUUUAAUCUUAGAUUCGUAUAAAACAGAAACUGAAUAUGAACAAAUACUUGCAAGAAUAUUUGUAACUGAAUCUACCUAUGCAUGUUUAGAUUUGCUAAAUGAUUUGGGAUUACCUAAAACUGCAUAUUCAUAUAUUGAAGAUUCUUUAUUGUUUGAUGGAAGAGGAACUCUACUUUCAAUAGUGGGUUCACUACUAGGUAUUCAGCAUGCUGGACAGUUUAUGGCUAAUGAAGUGAAACAAUUAAGAAAUCCAUUAAUGUUUCCCAAGUACACAUUGAGUCAUAUUGCUAAGAUACAAAGUUCUUUAAAAGAUAAACCAAAAUUAAAACAAUAUAUUGAACGCUACCUACAUCCUUCAUUAAAGAAACAAGCACUCGACCUGGAGUAUUGUUUAAGUAGAAUACAGUUUGCAGUACAAAAUAUGUUUAUCAAUCUUGGUCCUGACACUUGUCAUUAUCAAAUGAUACUCGAGCGGAUAAAUAGUGUUGCUUUAAAUACAUAUGCAAUGUCAGCUAUUUUACAUAAUGUAUCAGGACAUUUGUCAAGUAAAAAUUCUCAAAUAUAUCCAACCGAGUUGGUGCAUGCUAGUGUUUUUUGCAAUAAUGCACGUGCUCACUGUAGUAAAACCGUAACUGAAAUAUUGGAUGCUCCAAACAACGUCACAGAUCCAUUAUACAAAUUACUUGGGCAACAAAUUUUUGUAGACAAGGAUUAUUACUUAGAACAUCCUCUAAAAAGAAAUAUUGUUUAAGUGUAGUUUAUAUUAACUAGACCUGUGCGUGUAUAUAAAUAUAUAUAUAUUUAUGUAUGUGCAUGUAAAUAAAUUGCAUAAUUUUAUUUUUUGUUGAACAUCUUUCCUAAAUAAUAAUUACCUCAGGAUUCUUAAAUUUAAUGCUGAAACAAUACAUCACGCAAAAGCUAUUUACCACGCCAUUAGAGUAGAAAAAGAACCAAAUAAUUCAGUUCAAAGAAAAUGUGAUGUUGAAGGACACUAUGUUAAUGUAAAGCUCGAGUCUCCUCAUCUAAAUUCUUUACGUGCAAGCUCUAACGGUUUG